UCAGCCUCACUGAGAGCAAACAUAAAGACUUUUAUACAUUUAAAGUAGUCAACAGCAGGGGGAAGUUUGUCUCCCUGGAAAAAUACCGGGGUUUGGUAAGUCUUGCUCUGAAAAGAUCAAUAUUAUAUCGGUACUGUGUAAAGUCUUUGCUCUAAUGCUCUCUCUGCAUGUCAACCGGUUGCGUUAAUGAAUGUUGCAUGGGAAUGUUUUCUUUAUUUUUCCCACUAAGCAUUUCUUUAUUAGAUACUAACACACUGCUUCAGCGGAUCAGUCUGACUAUCCUGCUCGGGAUGUCCCAUCAUGUAGCCCCGCUAGCCUACGUGGCAACAGGCCUGCAGAGCACCUGCAGCUGCAGAGCUCCACACAGCUUUCAUUCACUCCAGGUGUCCCUGGUGGUGAAUGUAGCCAGUGAAUGUGGCUUCACUGAGGAACACUACAAAGACCUGCAGCAGAUCCAGAGGGACUAUGGGCCGUAUCACUUCAAUGUUCUGGCCUUCCCCUGCAACCAGUUUGGGCAGCAGGAGCCCGGGAGCGACAAGGACAUUGACAGCUUCGUGCGCAGAGUCUACGGAGUCUCCUUCCCCUUGUUCAGUAAGAUAGCUGUUGUCGGAACCGGAGCCAACAAUGUCUACAAAUAUCUCGUCGAGUCUUCUGAAAUGGAGCCUGACUGGAAUUUCUGGAAGUAUCUUAUUGAUGUCGACGGCAAAGUGGUGGAUGCAUGGGGACCAAAAGUUUCCGUACGAGAAAUCCGACCUAAAAUAGCUGAAAUGGUGCGACAGAUAAUCCUAAAGAAGAAGGAAGAGCUUUAGCCAUCUGUCACAUGACCCUUUAGUGUGUGGGUUAGAUUUACAUGCGUUGGUACAUGAACCAAAGAGAUAUUUUGCUGGUAGAUUUGGACCUUCUUUGAAUAUUCCAUUAUAUCCAAGUAACAUAGCCAAAGCAAAUUGUACAUGCCUUCUGAAGGCACUGCUGAAACACCACUAUGUUUUUAUAUUUAAUGUCAAAUUUCAUAUCAGAUGGAUGAUAUUUAAAGCUGCAGCCUUAAGCCAAAUCACUUCUAUCCUUUCUGUUAGACAUGUUGAUAAUGUUUUAGAUUUUGUAUUCAUUCUGAUUUGUUGAAUAAACUUAAACUGUGAUGAGUGAAACCUUGCUAU